CGAUGUGACCUGCGGCAAUGGAGUGGCGCGCAUGAAAUCGUGAAACCUGCCCACAGUUUGCGAACAAACGAGGAGCUCGAGCGCUUGAGAGCGUGGAGACGGACAGCUCGCGCGCUCAUGAUGAGAACAGCCCGUCCAGUUAUCCGUGUGCCCCCUUUGGACACUCCCUUCUCACUUCAGUGCUUACUCAACCACGAAAUCCACCGCUGGAUUCCAAAAUACUGCUCGCAUGGAGAUUUAAAACUGGACAGAGGCAUGAUAGUCCAGAAGAGAAUACGGAGGGAUGCGAGUGUGUUUGCUGCCAUGAUUAACAUCCAGUUUUUGCUAGUGUGCUCCUGAGAACGGCAAGACAACAAGUCAAGAGGUCCAGCACUCAAAACAGCCGAUGAGGAAGAAGAAGAGAUUUGACAAAGUAUGGCUGCACCUGAUCUUUUAGAUCCUAAAUCAGCCACACACAACACCAAACCACGGCUGUCGUUCUCCUCCAAGCCCAUUGUGUAUAACUCGGGUGAUGAUUGUGAUACCAUAACCACCGUAAUGAAGUGGAAAACAGUAUUGGCGAUCUUCCUGCUGGUGGUCCUGUACCUGAUCAUCGGAGCCACGGUGUUCAAAGCUCUGGAACAGCCCCAGGAGAUCUCUCAGAAGUACCUCAUCCUGCAGGAGAAAAUGAUCUUUCUCUCUAGACAUGCCUGUGUCAACACCUCUGAGCUGGAGGACCUGGUCAAGCAAGUGGUGGUUGCUAUCCGGGCCGGGGUCAAUCCCUCGGGUCACCCCUCCAAUGACAGCAGCAUGUGGGACCUCAGCAGCUCCUUCUUCUUUGCAGGGACUGUCAUCACCACUAUAGGGUUUGGAAAUGUCUCUCCACACACAAAAGGAGGAAGGAUCUUUUGCAUUAUCUACGCACUGCUGGGGAUUCCACUCUUUGGGUUCCUCUUGGCAGGAGUGGGCGAUCAGCUUGGAACAAUAUUUGGCAAAGGAAUCGCCAAAGUGGAAAAGAUGUUUGUGAAAUGGAACGUGAGCCAAACUAAAAUCCGUGUGACAUCCACAGUCCUGUUCAUCCUGUUUGGGUGCCUGCUGUUUGUGGCCCUCCCCGCUCUCAUCUUCCAACACAUUGAAGGCUGGAGCGCUCUGGAGGCCAUCUACUUUGUCGUCAUCACUUUAACCACUAUUGGAUUUGGAGACUUUGUGGCAGGAGGCUCUGAGAUUGAGUAUCUGGACUAUUAUAAGCCCUUGGUGUGGUUCUGGAUCCUGGUGGGUCUUGCCUACUUCGCUGCAGUUCUCAGUAUGAUUGGAGACUGGCUCCGGGUCAUCUCCAAGAAAACCAAAGAGGAGGUGGGAGAGUUCCGCGCUCACGCUGCAGAAUGGACGGCUAAUGUGUCAGCGGAAUUCAAAGAGACGCGGCGCCGCCUGAGCGUGGAAGUUUACGACAAGUUUCAGCGGGCAGCGUACAUAAAGCGCAAGCUGUCGUCGGAGCUGGGACAAAAUCCAGGUCAGGACAUGAUGCAAUGCAGGAGGACCCUGUCCGUGAACUUCACAGAUGAACUAGAGAAAGAAGUUCUCCCGACCCUGACCAAAAAUGGCAGCCUGUACCUGAACGGUCUUACCCCGGACUGCCACGAUCACGGCGAGAUCUCCAUCAUUGAACAUCUCAAAUGCUAAAACACUGAUGAAGAAGAACAGGAAGAUACAUUUGUGUCUACAUCUAUGUUUGAUCACAAAGCUAUAUCUUUCCUGGAUGUAUAUGGAUGUCCUUUUAUCACAGUUUUCAAUGUACUGGAAUGAGAAGGGGACUUUAUGCCUUGUGCCAGUGAAAUGAUCCUGUGGAAUGAAAAUGAAGUGUGAGUUCUUGAGCAGAACAUGACAACAGCUUUUACUUUCCAAUUAAUCAUAUUUGUGCCUUAUAGACUUCCCAGAAGCUGCUACUCUGAUACAGUAUGUGAAAUGUAUUGUUAUUUUAGAGGAUGAACCACCAAUCUUGUCCAAACACUGACAAAUUUGUUUGUUUUUUUGAUGUGUAUCGCAAACCCAGCAUGUGUAAGCAUUUAAUAGUUAAUAAACUAUUACAGGGUAUCAGGCAAGAAUGGUUGAGCGUUUAUGAUACUUACACAGAUGUGAUUGGUGGCUCACCAGUUGUUUAUAUCUUGAUUUUUAAAAAAUCUACAUUCACAUUCUGUUUAAGAGCAAUUGUGACCGAAAAUACACGAAAU